UUUACUUUGCACAUAUAAGUAAAACGCAGUUAUUUUUUGUCCUGCAAACAUUUUAACAAGAUGCCGACUGCUGUUGUGUUGCUGGCAGAAGGUGCAGAAGAAAUGGAAACUGUCAUAUCGGUUGAUGUCUUGCGUCGUGGAGGUAUAGAUGUGAAGUUGGUGGGGCUACAUGGGACUGAGCCAGUGCACUGCAGCAGAGAUGUAAGAAUUGUACCCGACACCACCUUGGCAGAGGCCCAGAAGUCAGCUCCGUACGACGUAGUCGUCAUGCCAGGGGGAGCAAAUGGAGCCAAGAAUCUCGCAGCUUCCUCUGAGGUUAAAAGUCUCCUAGAAUCACAGGUGGAGAACCACAAGUUAAUAGCUGCCAUUUGUGCAGCUCCAAUAGCAUUGGUCAGUCAUAAAAUAAACCCGGGAUCCAAAGUAACGUCACAUCCAUCAGUCAAAGGAAAAAUGGAGGAAGGUGGCUACAAAUACAGCGAGGAGAGGGUUGUUACUAACGACAAACUGAUCACCAGUCGAGGGCCGGGAACCACUUUUGAAUUUGCUCUAAAGAUUGUGGAAAUUCUACAAGGCAAAGAGAAAGCCCACUCACUUGUGGCACCUAUGCUGUUAAAACUGUGACAUUGAGUGUAUUCAUGUUUGGUUUUUAAUUUGUGUAUUGCUUUUCUGUUAUAAGCUUUUGUUAAUAAGUAAUACUGAAUUGGCAUUCAGAGUUAAAUUUUAUUAUAUAAUUUACAUGGUUUUGUGGGAUUUUUGUUUGUUUUGGUUUAUUAAAGAGAGAGUUUUGA